UGUAGCACCCUCGUCGAUUCCGGCCGGAGGUGCUGGCUUCCGCCUCGGUGUCCCGCUGCCAUAGGCUCGCGCGGUUGUUAGGGUGGGAGCCGCUGGCGGUUAUCGACCCCGGGUCAUGGAGCUCCAUUCCGGCGAAGUGCUGCAGGCAGUAGUUGCUGUCGCCCUCACGGUCUUGCUCCUGCUGUUGUUCACUGCACACGUGACUGCUAUUAAAAUGCCAAACCUCGGUCUUGGAGAGAAAGAAAAAUUCUUUUUAAGUCCAAAUUCUGGCAGGAAGGAAUUGUUCCCUAGUAUUCAUGAUCCUCCCACUAAAGAACUGUCUGUCAUUGUCCCAUCUUAUAAUGAAGAAGAAAGAUUACCUCUGAUGAUGGAUGAGACGUUAGAAUAUUUGGAACAAAGACAGAAGAAAAACUCCUCCUUUUCCUAUGAAGUGAUUGUUGUAGAUGAUGGCAGUAAAGAUGAAACAACAAAGGUUGCGCUGAAUUAUUCCAAGGAGUAUGGAUCUGAUAAGGUCCGCGUAUUAACAUUAUUAAAAAAUCGUGGGAAAGGUGGUGCUGUUAAAAUGGGUGUGUUAAGUUGCCGAGGAAGAUAUAUCCUAAUGGCUGAUGCUGAUGGAGCUACAAAGUUUGCUGAUAUUGAAAAAGUAGAAGCUGGUUUGAAAGAUCUCCAGUCAGGGCCUGAUAACAUGGCUAUCUCGUGUGGAUCUCGGGCUCAUUUGGAAAAGGAGACAAUAGCCAAACGUUCCUAUUUUCGGACUCUACUCAUGUAUGGUUUCCACUUCUUGGUGUGGUUUCUGUGUGUAAGAGGAAUAAGGGAUACACAGUGUGGCUUUAAGCUUUUGACUCGAGAAGCAGCUCUAAGAACAUUCUCAACAUUGCAUGUGGAUCGCUGGGCUUUUGAUGUGGAGCUCCUCUACAUUGCCCAGUGUUUAAAGAUUCCAAUUGCAGAAGUUGCUGUGCAAUGGACAGAAAUAGAGGGAUCAAAAUUAAUUCCAUUCUGGAGUUGGUUACAGAUGGGUAAAGAUCUUCUCUUCAUUCGUUUACGUUACUUCACGGGUGCCUGGAAUCUGGAAAUGCCCAAAAAAGUCAUCUAAGUUAUUGCGCAGUAACUGUUCAUGAAGAUGGAAGGACAUAUAACAUUACUGAAAUAUAAUCAAGGAACAUGGUGACACAAGAUAUUUUAUGGUGGAUGGUAAAAACUGUUUUCUUUCUGCAUUCAUAUUGCAGUAUUUUCUUUGUUUUUUUGUAAAUUGCAUACCGGUGAAUAAAGUGAAAACUUUCUAUCUAGGUUGUACCUUUGGGUAAGUCAAAGAUAAAAUGUUGAGUGACCAGAUUGAGACAGCAGAAGGAUUACGUUUGAGUACUGGUCCUGUCUACAUCAAUAUUACAAGGAGGUUUCUUGGUUUACUUCUGACCGUAAAUUAAACUACAUUAACAAAA